AUGGAUUUACCGCUCGAUUCAAAAAUGUUUCACGUUCACCGGUCAAGGGAUAUCAAGAGUACGAAAGACUCGGCGGGCGUGACGGAUUGCACGACGAACGAGGACAGCGCUUCUUUCAUCCUGGAAAAGAAGGAGAGCCCGGUGAACCCGUACAAUAGGGUCGAUUGGACCAAGAUGUGCACGAAAUGGACAUCCUCGGAAAACGAGAUCUGCAUCGUUAACAGCCUGCCACAACUUGACUGCAACUCGUUCCCGAAAUCGUACAUGGACACGUGCUCGUGCUGCCCCCGGGACAUAUUCGAUACUAACUUGGACGUCAUGAGCGAGAGCUACAGAAGCGCCAUGGUUGGCAAGGACGAGGACUGCUGUAAAGUUACGUGGGAGAAGAAGGAACGUUAUCGGAAAAUUAAAAUGAAAGUCGUUAGAGCCAUCAAGAGACACAAAAUAUUUUUGAUACGAGGCGAAUUACCGAAAUUGAAGGAAGCUCUGGAGAAGAGAGGUUGGGUGCAAAAAUACGAGGCAACAAAAACGAGAAAUUUACCUUACGGUAGCGUGGCAAGCUUGGAGGCCAAAUCUUUGGGCGAUUUAACUCAAUCGGACGGUUCCUUGAACGAAAAGGCGAUAAUUUUCGCUUUGCUACGUCACAAAUCGCCAGACUUUAUAUGGGACUGUCGAAACGACUUCGUCGAUUGGCAUCGUAGCCUUAGCAGCAACACGGUCCUCAACAGAUAUCAAAAACCUUCCGUCUACACAUCCAAGCUAGGAAUGGCUCGUUUGUUGGAGGACGCACACUGGUUGUACGAGAAGGACGUGUCCUCGGUUUUGUUCCCGAGAAGUUACAACCUGAGCAGGGAGCCGAAAAUCUUUCUCGAGGAUUUCCGUCUAACGGCCGCGGCAGGCCUCUUGAAAUGGUUCGUCGAGAAGAUGCAAGAUUGCUGCGAACAGAAUUGUUGCAACUUGUGCGGCCACCGGCCGAUCCUCAUGAACCGGCUCGAAUUCGCUAUGAAACGUUGCGAGGAGUUCAUCGCGUGCGAGAAUCAUCAGAACAUCGACGAGGACAUAGUGACCGAGUUCACCGAGGAGGAGUGGAAUUCCUUUCUCGACGAUUAUAUGGCGGCUGUGCACGAGGGCGCUGGGAUCGAGACCAACGAGAAGUAUCAAGACCAAAUACCAAAAUACGUCGAGAUGGCGAGUUCGAUAUUGGCGAAAAUGAAGGAGGUCGACCCGCAAUACGAGUUGAACGGGAUGAGGAACAUGUGGAUUUUGAAACCGAGCGAGCUUUGUUGCGGUACCGGGAUCAGCAUAUCUCACAACUUGAAGGAUAUAUUUCGCAAGAUAAAAAGUCGGCCCAAGGAUUACUUCAUCGUUCAGAAAUAUAUAGAGCAUCCUUUACUGGUUCACGAUACGAAAUUUGAUAUAAGGCAGUGGUUCUUGGUCACAAACACGUUUCCUCUCACGAUAUGGAUAUUCAAGUUUUCAGUGGUGAUGGACGUACCGUUGAAUCCAGAAGCGGACACGGGCGGUUUCAGCCUGAUCUAUAAACAAAAUAUACCCGAUUUCCGACCCUAUCUCGGCCCCUGCCUCUUCGUGUUCGGCAAAUCGAUAACGCUGGUCGAGCAUCCGCGGAAACGAGAUAAGAAAAAGAAGAACGGUUGGGCGAAAUCGCAACAGCAGCAGCAACAGCAAACGCAGCAGCAGCAACGCGCGUGGACCGCCCCGCCGAUGAUUCCACGCCUAAGGGAGCCGAAAAUAGUCGACUUUAUCGACUAUUUGAACACGGCUCGGUGUACAGCGGCCAACUGAAUAUUCCCAUCGUUACCGCCGAUGCAUUCGUCCGAUCGUUUACCGGAUCGGGGAAUCCGGCCACGAGAAAUCGCCUUUUCCAACUUUAAGUGAAUAAAGGGGACGGUGAACUCUGCAACCUCGAUACGGGGAAACGUGGAACAGUCGUUUUAAAGUCGGGACGACCCAGUUUUUCGCGGGGAAGGUCGAACAUUGAAAAUGGUUCUGGUUUAGGCGCACGCGUUCAACCUUUGUGCCCGACCAGUUGAAAGAGGAGGAGGAGGAGGAGGAGGAGGAGAUGGAAUUCUCUCUUCCCGGAAGAAUCGGGAAUCGCGUUCAACGCGUUAUAUUCUCAACUCGGCGGCAUUAGAGGACACGAAAUUUCUUUUUUGUAUCCGUCGCUCGAGAGAGGAGUAUAUCUCGUUGGGCCACGAUUUUCUUCCGACUUCCACUUCCGUUUAAUCCGCAUUCAGCGCGUAUAUGUGAGGGGGUAUGCGAGUUGCACCGUGCUCAUUAAUUGACGCACGAUAACGAGAGAUAAAAGUAAUCGACGGUGUCGUUAGCAGUAUCGUCGCUAUGUCAUCG